AUGAGUAAUCAAAGUAAAAAAACCUAUUUUAUUACAGGCGGCAAUCGUGGUAUAGGAUUCAAUUUAGUAAAACUUUUGAGUGCCUCUAAGGAUAAUACUGUGAUAGCAUCCAUACGUGGGCCAAUUUCUUCACCCAAGAAUACUCAGUUAGAGCAAUUGAAAAAAGGGAGGGAUAAUAUUCAUGUUGUGCAGCUUGAUCUUACAAAUGAGAACAGUAUCAACAAGAUAGCAGAUGAAGUUAAGAAUACGCCUUUUUUCGAAGGUAUUGACGUUUUCAUCUCAAAUUCUGGGAUAUCAGACGCAUAUUACGAGGUUCUGACCGCACCAAAGGAUGUCUGGCUUGAACAUCAUACCACUAAUGUUUUGGGUCCAAUUUUCACUCUUCAGAAACUGUAUCCUUUUCUGCUUAUGAAGAGGACUCGCCAACUCUUUUUCAUAUCAAGUUGCGCAGGAUCUAUUGGUAAUUUUUUCCUAUUUCUGUAUCCGCAUAUGGUCAGUCUAAGGCGGCUUUAA